AUGGCAGAGGAUGCUGGCGAACGGCGUCCUUACUUGGUGAACAGAAACACAGAAGUGGUCAACCAGUAUAUGGCUCAGUGCCUACAACCCCUCGUGGACUACUAUCAAGACGGCCGGCCUGAUCUCUUACCGAUCACGGUCCCCAGCUACACUCGCGACCUGCGCGCUGCGGAGGUGGCGUUCUAUUUAGCCCAGGACUCUCCGCGUCUGCGGCUGCUCGCCAGAAUCAUGGCGCGGCGUAUCCGGCACGUCUCUGCUCUGGCGCCGACACUUAGGUGGCAUCCUGAUGGAUCUGAUUAUCUUCCCUUCAUCGGCGACAGCGGGCUCAAGGCGGUCAGCCGACUGUACAAUAUCCUCGAGCUCCCCGAGUUCACCAAAACGGCCUGCAGACUCUGGACGCGCUGUCCCGCCACGAAGACGUAUCACGACACUACUCGGAACCGCUUCUUGCUUCACGGCCCUGCUCUGCCUGCAGAAAUCUGGUCUAACUCAACGCAACAUUGCAUGCCUCUCAGUCCUCCGCCGCAGAGUUGUCAGCCUCCCUCUGGUUCCAAUUCCGGUUUUAACCACCGCGUGCGCUCGCCGACCGCAAGCGAGCACGCUAGAGCCUACCUCGAUCAGAUUUUCGAUCCUAUUGUCCUGCCGGCCGUGGGGCUUCAUGAUCAUUGGGCCAGUGAGGCCAGGGACGACGACAACUACGGCUAUUCCGACACGUACGCCACUGGCGGCAAUGAUGACACUGAGGACACUGACUCGGAUCAUGGAGUGUCUCUGAACGCCGGGCAGUCCGCGCCUACGGCGAGCGGACCCGUGGCCAGAGCCGAAUAUACGAUCGACGGAAACGGUCAGGAUGGGGUCGAAAUCGAACGCUGUGAGGCAUUGGUGACGGUACUCUGA